UUGGCCGAUUUUGGAUUUAGUAACCAAUUCACAGAAGGUUGCUUGCUAUCUACCUUCUGCGGUUCUCCUCCUUACGCGGCACCUGAACUAUUCCAAGGCCUCAAAUAUGACGGGCCUAAGGCAGAUAUUUGGAGUUUAGGGGUAGUUCUCUACGUUUUGGUUUGUGGUUCACUUCCAUUUGAUGGUCCAACUUUAAAUGCCUUAAGAAACGUGGUGAUUGAAGGAAAAUUCCGGAUACCUUACUUCAUGUCACAAGAUUGUGAGCAUUUAAUCAGACACAUGUUGGUGGUAGAUCCCGAUAAAAGACUGACAGUUCCGCAAAUAUUAAAACACCGUUGGUUAAGCGACGCUCCUCUCAUCGAAAACGUUAUGCUAGAAAAAGAAUUUCAAUUAAACAAAACAGUGAUAGACCACAUGUUACAAUUACCGAAUCUAAAUCAAAAUAUGAUAGUGCAAAGUUUGAAGGCGAACUCGUUCGACCACAUAUACGCCAUUUAUAAUCUCUUACUCGACAAAUUACACCAAAGAACGAUGAAUUUCCAAACGAAGGUUCUCGAACAGAGAAGAGUCGAUAACCAACAAAGGAAAGAAGAGCAAGCCGAUGCAGAUGAUCAAAUGUACAACAAAUUACAAAAAAUCAACGAGAGGAGUGAGUCUUUCAACGAAAACAGAUUGGCCGUCCAAUUGACCGCGGCGGGUUCGGACGGUUUGUGCGUGAAGCAAGAUAUGCAAGAACCAUUCAACUACAGGCGAGAGAGCUUCAACGAGAACUGUCUGCGAGAAAUGGAGGACGAAUCCAGCGAGAGGUUAAAGUGCUCGAAGGAAAACGCUCCCGACGAAGUCGGUUCUCCUUUCGUUUCCAUGCCGACGAUACCGGCGGUUUAUUUGGCGGGGGAUCAGGAAAACCAACUAUUGGAAAAGUUCGGUGAAGUAGAUAUGGAUACAAACGAUGACAACUAUUCGAUGGCUGUUCCAUCGACGGCAUCAACGUCGACGGGUUAUGGCAGUUAUUCCUCAGGUGAUAAAUAUUUAACUGUUAGACGACACACGGUGGGACCAGGAGACCCAGCACACGAACAGGUGUUGGAAACCCACUACAUGGCCCAUCCUCAGCAGGAUCCAAACGGUGCUAAACUGCUUCCCAACACGAAUCUUCCCCUCAAUUUAACUACAUUGGCACAACAGAAUCCGCAUUAUUUCGGAGGAAAAGAUCCGCAUUUAUUAAAACCUCCCGUGGUAUUGAGCGCUGCGGGCGGAUUCGGACGAAGGGCGUCAGAUGGUGGUGCUAACCUUCAUAUGGCGUGGGGAGCUCCCGGUUCUCACGAACAACUGUCGAUGAUGUCUACUAGUUCCAGUGGAAAUCCUAGUUUAAGUAGCAGCGGCACGGGUACACAACCUUUAGAACAUAAUCAACACGGUUUGGACGAACAAGCACUAGCGAGGUAA